GUCAGUGCGGUGACUGCGCUGGGAAACAUGGCGACCGAGGGAAUGAUCCUCACUAACCACGACCAUCAAAUCCGUGUCGGAGUGCUCACAGUGAGUGAUAGUUGCUUCAGGAAUCUUGCAGAAGAUCGCAGUGGGAUAAAUCUCAAAGAUCUCGUACAAGAUCCUUCUUUGUUGGGUGGGACUAUAUCAGCAUACAAGAUAGUACCAGAUGAAAUAGAAGAAAUCAAGGAGACCCUGAUAGAUUGGUGUGAUGAAAAGGAACUUAACUUGAUAUUAACAACUGGAGGAACAGGGUUUGCACCACGAGAUGUCACUCCAGAGAAAUUCCCAACAUUCCCAUUUUGUGGGCUCCAGAAAGGGGCCACAAAAGAAGUAAUAGAACGGGAAGCGCCAGGGAUGGCCCUGGCAAUGCUGAUGGGAUCACUUAAUGUUACACCUCUGGGCAUGCUCUCUAGGCCUGUAUGUGGAAUCAGAGGGAAAACUCUCAUAAUUAACCUGCCAGGUAGCAAGAAAGGAUCUCAGGAAUGCUUUCAGUUUAUACUGCCAGCUCUACCUCAUGCCAUUGACCUUUUACGUGAUGCCAUUGUAAAAGUAAAGGAAGUGCAUGAUGAACUUGAAGAUUUACCUUCCCCACCACCUCCUCUGUCCCCUCCUCCCACAACUAGCCCACAUAAACAGACAGAAGACAAAGGGGUUCAAUGUGAGGAAGAGGAAGAAGAGAAGAAAGACAGUGGUGUUGCUUCAACAGAAGAUAGUUCUUCAUCACAUAUAACUGCAGCAGCCAUUGCUGCCAAGAAGCAUCCAUUCUACACCAGUCCAGCUGUUAUCAUGGCACACGGUGAGCAGCCCAUUCCUGGUCUCAUCACUUAUUCCCAUCAUGCAACAGGCAGUACAGACGAACGGAUUCCAGACUCCAUCAUAUCUCGUGGCGUUCAGGUGCUCCCACGAGACACUGCUUCCCUCAGCACUACUCCUUCAGAAUCGCCUCGUGCUCAGGCUACAUCUCGCCUUUCUACAGCUUCCUGCCCAACACCAAAACAAAUUAGACGGCCGGAUGAAAGCAAAGGAGUUGCUAGUAGAGUUGGAUCCCUCAAACUCCACUCUAGAUUGGAAGGGCUUAAAGAUGAACUCUGGAGGAAUAGAGGCUACGACUUAAGAGUCCAAUCCAGGUGCAGCAGCAAGGAGAACAUUCUCAGAGCCAGUCACAGUGCUGUUGACAUCACCAAGGUGGCUAGAAGACACCGCAUGUCUCCUUUUCCUCUAACGUCUAUGGACAAGGCCUUCAUCACAGUCCUGGAGAUGACUCCGGUGCUUGGGACAGAAAUCAUCAACUACCGAGAUGGAAUGGGGCGAGUCCUUGCUCAAGAUGUAUAUGCAAAAGACAACCUACCCCCCUUUCCAGCAUCAGUAAAAGAUGGCUAUGCUGUUCGAGCUGCUGAUGGCCCAGGAGAUCGUUUCAUCAUUGGGGAAUCCCAAGCUGGUGAGCAGCCAACUCAGACAGUAAUGCCAGGACAAGUCAUGCGGGUUACAACAGGUGCUCCAAUCCCCUGCGGUGCUGAUGCAGUAGUACAAGUAGAAGAUACUGAAUUAAUCAGGGAAUCCGAUGAUGGCACCGAGGAACUUGAAGUACGAAUUCUGGUGCAAGCUCGACCAGGCCAAGAUAUCAGACCCAUCGGCCAUGACAUUAAAAGAGGGGAGUGUGUUUUGGCCAAAGGAACCCAUAUGGGCCCCUCAGAAAUUGGGCUUCUGGCAACUGUAGGUGUCACGGAGGUUGAAGUUAAUAAGUUUCCAGUUGUUGCAGUCAUGUCAACAGGGAAUGAGCUGCUAAAUCCCGAAGAUGACCUUUUACCAGGAAAGAUUCGAGACAGCAAUCGUUCAACCCUCUUAGCAACAAUUCAGGAACAUGGUUACCCCACAAUCAACUUGGGAAUUGUGGGAGACAACCCAGAUGACUUACUCAAUGCCUUGAAUGAGGGUAUCAGUCGUGCUGAUGUCAUCAUCACAUCAGGGGGCGUAUCCAUGGGGGAAAAGGACUAUCUCAAGCAGGUGCUGGACAUUGAUCUUCAUGCUCAGAUCCAUUUUGGCAGGGUUUUUAUGAAACCAGGCCUGCCAACAACAUUUGCAACUUUGGAUAUUGAUGGUGUAAGAAAAAUAAUCUUUGCACUACCAGGAAAUCCUGUGUCAGCCGUGGUCACCUGCAAUCUCUUUGUUGUGCCUGCACUGAGAAAGAUGCAGGGCAUCUUGGAUCCUCGGCCCACCAUCAUCAAAGCCAGGUUAUCAUGUGAUGUAAAACUGGACCCUCGCCCAGAAUACCAUCGGUGUAUACUGACUUGGCAUCACCAAGAACCACUGCCUUGGGCACAGAGUACAGGUAAUCAGAUGAGCAGCCGUCUGAUGAGCAUGCGCAGUGCCAACGGGUUGUUGAUGCUACCUCCAAAGACAGAGCAGUAUGUGGAGCUCCACAAGGGCGAGGUGGUGGAUGUCAUGGUCAUUGGACGGCUAUGAUGGUCACCAGAGCAAGAAAGCUUUGAUGCAUGUCCACAUAUCAUUGACUGUAUCCUGUAAUAUGCAACGGCACAGCUAGUUUUUCUGAUUUGGAUAAAAGUUGAUCUGUAUAGUCAACAUCUUGAACUAUAUUUCAGAAGAAUUUAAAUACCUUUUAAAGAAAAAAACACCUAAAAAUAAAUCUUAACAGACAACUCUAUUCUGAUAAUAUCAAAGCAAAUUUUUCCUUUCCUGCAAAUUGCUUUGUGUGUUCAAUGCUAGGUCUGAUAGCGAUAGCUUUUAGUAGACAGCAGUAGGUGCCUGCAGAACUUGUGUUUUUCUCAUCUUUAAAAUACAACUAAUUAUGCUCUUAAUCAAGGCUGUCUGCUUAUUUAUACUAGCGUAGGCAACACUUGGAUUUCCCUUCUUAGUAUGCUUCAUAACGCUUUUCAGAGAGCUUUUGCUUGUUCUUUAUCAUGUAUCUCGUGUUUAUGUGCACAGUGCCAACAGAAGAGUGACUGGGUGGAGGCCCUGUUCUGCCUCAGGGAGAACCCUCCCCUGCAGAGCAUGGGGAGGUGCCUCCCCCCAGUAGCCUCAAGGCACAGUACUCUUGGGCAGUAACUGGAUACCUUUUAUUUGAAUAAACAAACUGGGGGGGAAAUUUGCUUCCUUAAGUGCUGACAGCCUUUUUAACCAAUACAUUUAAAAUUGUACAGAACAAAAAAUAAAAUCAAAGACUGAUCUUGUACAGAUAUUAGUGUUACCAGCAUUCAUGUGGAAAUCAAGAGCAAAGAAAAAUAAUGUUAAACAACUCUGUACCAUAACAUUUUCUGUAAUGAUACUGAAACUUAAUGAAUAAAAAAAAUCCUUGAUCAUUAUUUAAAAA